AUGUAUUUUUAAAGCCCACUGUUAAAAAAUAGUAGCUUUCUUAGCUAUUAACAUUCUGUUUUAAGCACCGCCACAUAAUAAAAUUAAUUAAAGUGUUAAUUUAUAUAUAUGAGAUUUUUUAUCUAUGCCAGUAUUAAGGAUUCUGAUCUCGAGGUUGCAGAAUUGAAACCCGUUGUGUACUUAGUGUAUUCUAGUUAGGUCAGAAGUGUACAAAAAAUUUGGUACAUCUAAAUUUCACAAUGUGACGAUUUGUUGACUAAUCUCCAAGAAACAUUCAACAAAUCGAAAACAAGCUCCCCCAGAAAAAUGGGAGCAAAUGCUUCUCAGUUGGAGAAGGAAAUAGGCCAAGAUCAGUUUCCAUCCAAUGAACAUUAUUUUGGACUUGUGAAUUUUGGUAACACUUGUUACUGCAACUCUGUGCUUCAGGCCCUGUAUUUCUGUAAACCUUUCAGGGAGAAGGUUUUAGACUAUAAAGCAAAAAACAAAAGAACCAAAGAAACAUUGCUCACCUGCCUUGCAGAUCUUUUUUACAACAUAGCUACUCAGAAGAAAAAGACAGGAACAAUAGCUCCGAAGAAAUUUAUUGCCAGGUUAAGAAAAGAAAAUGAUUUGUUUGACAACUACAUGCAACAAGAUGCUCAUGAAUUUCUGAAUUAUUUGCUGAAUACAAUUGCAGAUAUUCUUCAAGCAGAGAAGCAGCAAGGGACUACCAAGGGUAAGAACAACAGCUCAACUCAAGUAAAUGGAGAACAACAAAUAUCCAAAUCAGAACCAACCUGGGUUCAUGAUAUUUUCCAGGGAACGUUAACUAAUGAAACUAGGUGUCUGAAUUGUGAAACAGUGAGCAGUAAAGAUGAAGAUUUUUUAGAUCUUUCUGUCGAUGUUGACCAAAAUACAUCAAUUACCCACUGUCUCCGAGGCUUCAGCAAUACAGAAACACUAUGCAGUGAACACAAGUAUUACUGUGAAAAUUGCUGCAGCAAACAAGAGGCUCAGAAAAGGAUGAGGGUAAAGAAACUCCCUAUGAUUCUAGCUUUGCAUCUGAAGAGAUUUAAAUACAUGGAACAACAAAGCCGACACACAAAACUUUCUUACAGAGUUGUUUUCCCUUUGGAGCUAAGGCUUUUUAACACUUCUGAUGAUGCCUACAACCCUAAUCGAAUGUAUGACCUAGUAGCAGUUGUCAUUCAUUGUGGAAGUGGACCAAAUCGAGGUCACUACAUUUCUAUAGUUAAAAGUCAUGGACUAUGGCUACUUUUUGAUGAUGACAUUGUUGAUAAAAUUGAUGCUUCUGCUAUUGAAGAUUUCUAUGGGCUGACAUCAGACACACAAAAGACCUCAGAAUCUGGUUAUAUUCUUUUUUACCAAUCACGAGAAUAACUGUACACCAGCAUCUUUAGUUUUGAAAAUAAUUAUUUAUUGUUGCACUUAAAACAAGUUCAACCAAAAAGAUAGUUUGUUGAACUGACACGUAUUUGAUAAAUUGUAUAUUGGUUUCAAAAUAUUCAUAGCCUGAGAGUUAAUAAAUUAAAGUAUUAAAACUUGAUAGCUUCUUUUUUGAUGUUAAGCAGAAAAGUGUUUGUCUUGUUUUUUUAACUCGUACUUUUUGUGUAUUUUUAGAAGAAAAAAAAAAGUGCUUUUUAAAUGAGCUAGUAAUUGGUAUGGAGUCUCUAAGUGAUAAGCCUUAUCCAUAAUUCUAUAGAAGGUUACACUUUUAGUCCCUCCCUUUUGUUUUAUAUAAACAGAAUAACAUUAAAAAGAAUAAUUUUAUCCUUUUAAGAUAUCUCCAGGUUGUAGUUCAAAUGUCAAAUGUUUUAGAUGCCCAAUUUUUUAUCAUAUAAAAAUAUCCUACUAUUGGACAUAAGUUUAAAAAACAGAAAUUCUAAACUAUUGAUAAGUUAUAAAGUAUAUCUGGUUUAUGUAUAAGCAUUAAAAAAAGUCUGUUGGGCCUUCCUACAAACUGGUUAACUCCAACCUUAGACUUAGGUUUGCUGUUAAUAUUUCAGACAAUUUACUAGAAAUGUGCAAACACGAACAUUAGUUAAACUGAGAAGAAGAGAAACUGUUUCUCUCAGGGCAUCAAGUUAACCAUAGUUUGGAUUAUAUUGACCUUAAAUUGCUUAAGCUACAGAAACUCUCACUUUUUACUUUUUUUUUACUGGGUUAGAAUCUUCCAAUAAUAAUUUGAUUCAUUAAGGUAUUAAGGCCUACAGGCAAUUAUAACAGGUCAUUCAUUGUUAAACACUUGAUCUGCCAGUUUGUGAGUACCAUGCAUGCUGAAAAUUUAGUUUGAGAAAUACUGAUGCAAGAUUUUGUAAAGAGGAUGAAGUUUAUGGCCUACAACUGUUUUCUAAAAAUAAGUUAAUGUGUGGCUACACUAUAUCAAAGACUAAGAAGUUAUAAUACUUUGUUUCACAUGGAUUUAAUUCAGUGCCUGUUACAGGUUAUAUUGGUUUCAUGUGGCAUACCUUUUAAAGGGUUUCAUUUCCUGAGUCAGAAUAUAUAUUCAAGUAAAGAUUUCCAUAAUGAUUUUCCUUAGUUUAUUUUAUGGCCAUAUGAAUUGUCAAUUUUAGUUUUGAACAAAUGAAACAAGUUUUUCAAGGAAAUUAAUAGUGAUAUUUAAAAGUAUAGAACAGGGGUAGUUUAAAUGGUGAAGUAUUUUGGUAUUUGUGUGUGAUAUUUUAUUUGUACACAAAUAUCAACCCUUUGCUGUUAUAUAACAUAUCUGAAGUGUGUGUCCAAUUGUUUUUCAUUUGUCAAAAUACUUCGUUAUAGUAUUUUAGAGGUAAAUGUGUAUAUAUGUAAAAGGUACGAUCCACAAUUUCUUACUCCAGGUUAUUUCUUUAUAGAACUACUUUUUUAAAGUUUUUUUCUUUUUUUAGUUUUAUAAAAUGACACCUGUAACAAAUUCAUUUUAUUUAAAUUAUUUAACAAUUAGAUAAUCCUUGGAAGUCUUAAAGAUAUUUUCUUUCUUUCCUUCAAAAGUUUUGCAACAAUAUCGAUUACCACAUGAGUGACAGAUCAUCAUAUUUUCAAAAUUCAUAGAGUUUUUGUAUGUCUGUUAAACUAUUGUGUCUCACUUUUACAUUCAAUAAACUUUAAUCACAGCUACUAUUAUAAUGUAAUAGUAUUUAUGAAAUGUAACUGGCUUUAAGGACAGAAACCUUAGUAUUGACACCAAACAAUGUCUUCCUUGUAGCAAUCCAUGUACAAUGUUUCUGGAAUAUCUUUGUUGCAAAAAUUGUACCUUAAAGAGGCUGGUAAUUAUGUACUUCAAAUCUGUUUCUUUUGUGUAUAUUGCUCUCAUGUUUUUGCAGUAAGUACCAGGGAUUAUUUUGAAUAUAUUAUCUGAAAUCUAAACUUUCUAUAAGGUCCAAAAAAUAUACAUAUAUUUUAAUAUAUAACAGAACUACCAAAUCAUUAUUACACCAUAAAGUUUAAGGUGUUAAAGCAUUUUAUGCACCCAGUAUUUAAAUAAAUUUGAAAGUUUGUUUCAAAAAGUGGAUUGUUUUAAUACAAAUUUUGUCAUAACUUUAAAUAAUUCUAUUCUGGAUAAAAAUAAUUAGCAUUUAGUAAUUGUUUGGAGAAGUUCUGCAUUUGCAAGUAACAGACGUUAAAAUGGCAAUAAUUUUUUUUGUAACGAGGGCAGUUUUGUUUUUGAAGUACUUUGUUGAAAAAACAAAAAGUAAAAUUUUAAAUGAUAUUUAGUUAUUUAUUCGCACCUUAUAUUAUUUAUUCUUGUUUUUUUAAUUUCAUUGUUUGUAACUGACAUUUAAUUACUUUGUCUGAAGCUGCCAUGUUUUUUUAAUAUUAAAAAUAUAAGCCAAACCCUUUAAUAUAGACAAAAGUUUUCGUCUGGAUCAAAAGUAAUGCAGAAUAAUACCAAUCAGUACUUGUACAGGAAUAAGGUUUUUUGUUGUAGCUAUAGAAAUCUUGUUGUACAUAAACUGAUAACUGUGUAGCACUUUCUCCAAAAACAUUAUACAAAAGACAAUUUCAGUUUUUUUAUUUUUUCCUAGUCCAUACUAUAUAUAUACUAAGAUAUUUAUUAUUCAAAUAAAUUUGGAAAUUCUUUAGAAGAAGGCAAAUAUAAACUUUUUGUAAUUUUCUAAAAUUCAUUAAGAUGGUCAUACAUUUGGUUUGACCAGAAAAUCCCAGUUUUAAAGCAUACUGAUGUAUAAACAAUUAACCAGAAUGUCCUAGGGUCUUGUAGAGCAUUAUGUCCCCCUAAAUGGAUUUGUAAGCGUAUAGUGAUGUUUAGAUCUAACAACAGAACUAUAAACAGUCUCCCGGUGGGUCAGUGAUAAAUUAAAAGACUUGCAUUUCUAAAAUCUGGGAUAUGAUUCUCUGAGGUGGACAGAGCACAGAUAGCCCAUUGUGUAGCAACAAUAUAAGUAUAAAUAUGAAAUAUAGAAUGGAAUAUGUGCUAUAGUGAAAAUACAGUUACUCUCAAUAUUAUCUUUACGCAUUACCAUUAGAAUGAGAUCAGUUGAUGUUUCAGAUAAGGAGGAAGGUAUAUGGUGAUGGUAGAAAAUUAGAUAGUUGGUUUAGCAGGUCAAAAAUUGCAGUCAUUUGUGAUUGGUUAAAUGUAAUUGAGGAGCUUCAUGAGGAGUGGUGGUUUUUCAUUCUUUUAAGUUUGUAUCUUCUGUGCAAACAUGAUUUUUAGGUGUAACUUUUACAUCCAAAAUUUGCUACGGGGCUCGGAUUCAUAUCUUUUGAACAUUGUCGUGGUUACAGCGUACAAAAAUUUGAUCAUCUUAUAAUUAACCAUUUGGUAAACUGUAAAACUCCUUUUCACAUUUAUUCAGUCACUCUAUAAAUAGUAGUUACUGUGGUUUGAAGUAUUUACCACAUAACUGCAAUCUUCAAGAUGAAUAUUUCUUUUAAAGCUACACCUUAUUUGGAAACUGAACCUUUCCAUUCAUAAGACUACUGUCACAUAUUAGCUAGUUUUAGUUGUAUACUUAUUAAAAUUACACCAAACUUGGGCUGUAAAAUAACCAUUGUCGGUGUCUUGGAUCAUUUUUAUUGGACUUUUCUGUCUAGUAGUUCUGUUUUAGCCCUGAUUAUGAAUUAUCUUUCAAACUUGUUACUGCAUCUGUAUAUAAAUAUUCAAGCACAUGGUACAACAGAAGGGGCCACUGUAGUAUUAUUUGGAUUGACUGGUUUAUCUAGCAUUUGCUUGGGACUAGAAAAUUAUAAUAAUGUAUUUUGUAAUAUUCAGUAGUGCUAUGCUAUUAAAAAUUUCUAAAGUAAGGGUGAAAAGUUUUCUCCCUCUGUAGCACAAUUCACUUACUAUUCUAGAAGUCCAAUAAUAAUCUCUUCUUUCCAAUUUGUUUUACUAACAUUAAUUGUAAGAUUCACUAUUUUGUUCAAUGAUUUUUUUGUUGAAAUCUGUUAAUUUAAUAAGUAACAAGCUUUCAGUAAUGCACUUUGCAAAAAACCAUCCUUGAAAAUAAUACAUCACUGUAAUGUCAUACCGUAUUUAGAAAGUAGGAUAGUAAUAACGAAAACAAAUUGGUAAUAAAGCUCGUCUUGACGACUGAGAAUUGGGUUUUACAAAUAAUGGUUGAAUACGAUUUUUAAUGGUUCUUACCAUUUUCUGAGGAAAAGUUUUGUUCUAAGGGAAAUUGCUAUCGGUGAAUGCAUAACUUUGCUUCAAUAUUGAAUACAUGUGAAAAUUAACUCUUAAAAAAAUCUUAACUUUAUUUUUUACAUAACUGACUUUUAUGUGAAAGUAUGAAACCACAGAUAAAGAAAUAAUUUAAGAUAUAACCACUUAUCAAUUCUUAAAUCAUACCUUCAUUUAAAGGAGUCAUUUUCAUGAGUGUAUUUUGAACUUUAUCAGAAAGUCCCAUGUUUUUACGAUCAAAAUAUGCACUCAUAUUAUACACAUAUUUCCAAUUUAAAAAAAAAUGAUUUUUUUCUUUAUACGUUUCAUCAUACAAACCAACCAAAUUUGUUGAGGUUUAUGUGAAUUAUUGUUACUUUUAAUCAAGAUAUAAAGGUGGUUAAAAAUUGUCAUUCUGCACUCAAUGAAAUUUUUAUUUUAAAGUUGGUCAUAUAAAGCUGAAAUAGCAUAGUAUACUGAAAAAUAAGGAACUAUGUAAUAUAAAACUGUACAUUGUAAAUUGAUUUGUCAAUACAUAGAAUCCACAAAAUAAAGUAAUUUUUCUAUUGUAA